CAGGUCUGGGCGGUGUUGACAGACUAUGACAGGCUGGUGGAGUUUGUGCCGAACCUGGAGGUGUGCGAGAAGCUGCCAGGGGGGAGUGCAACGCGCUACCGGCUGCGCCAGCAGGGAUGCAGCCAAAGCCUGUACUUGCGACUGGAGGCCAGCGCCGUGCUGGACGUGCAGGAGGUCAAAGGCCCCCUGGGGCGCAGAGAGCUGCGCUUUGCCAUGGUCGAGAGCCCAAACCUGAAGUUUUCUGGGCAGUGGACGGUGGAGCCAGAUCCCACAGUGCGCGAUGGGCGCUCCCUGGGCACCACAAAGCUGAGAUAUGAGAUCAGCGUGGCCCCAAAGUGGUCCAUUCCCAGCACGCUCGUCUCCAAGGUCGUCAAGUCCGGCCUGCCUGCAAAUAUCUGCGCCAUCGCCGAGCGAGCCGAAGAGGUGGGCGCAAAUUUUGCUGUGAGCACUUGCACGCGACAUAGCACCCUGGCCCAAGCUGCGCUUGCAGGUGUGGUCCUCUAUGCAAGCCUUAUUCACUUGUCACACAGGACUGCUGCUGAUGCUCCUGACACUCUGUGUGUGAAGCCAUGUGCGUCCUAUCCGGCGAUUGGCACAGCCAAGAAGUCUCUACUGGAGGCGCUGACGGAGGUGCACCUGCGGCGGCUGGACACAAAUAACACGCUGCACCGCCGUGCCGUGGCCGUCAUUGCCGUGGAAGCCUCCUUGGAGGAGGUAUGGGAUGUCUUAACUGACUACGAGGCGUUGCCCGAGUUCGUGCCAAAUCUGGCAGUGUGCGAGCGGCUGCCGGUGCCUGCUGGCAUGGAGUCUCGGCUGACGCGCUUGCGACAGGUGGGUUUCAAGGACAUGGUGUUCAUGCAACUGCAUGCGGAGGCCGUCCUGGACCUGCACGAGCGGCCGCACAGGGAGAUCCAGUUCAGGGCCGUUGCCGGGGACUUUGGGGUCCUGCAGGGCAAAUUCAUGCUGAGCGAACCAGAGCGCAAGGAGACGCACCUGAAGUACGCCGUGGAGGUGAAGAUCCCACGCAGCACGCCCAUGAUGGGCCUGCUGGAACCCAUUCUAGAGCGCAUGGUUUACGAGGACAUUCCUUUCAACCUGGCCGCCCUCAAACAGCGCGUAGAGGACCUCAAGCUUCAGCGCCGCAUCGCCGAGCUAGAAGCACAAGGUACAUCCUGGGCAAUUCCCAUGCUGAAUUUUUUUUUUGCAGGCGAGGGCAAUCGGGCGGCGUACCUGCGCCGGCGCACGGAGCGGCCGCGGCUGUCUGAGAUGGCGGAGGACUUUGGGCUGCUGGCCGCUGAGCUGGAGCGCUGCUUUGGCGGCACCGGCACGAUGCCCACUCGCGCGCAGCUGCGCGCCAUCACGCGCACCGACCUCGAGAAGGCCAUGGUCGCCCACGGCGGGCCCGCGGCCGUCGCCAAGCGCAUGGGCUGGAAGCUGGCCUACAAGGCGAAGGCGCCGCGCGGCUACUGGGACAAGCUGAAGAAUGUGGAGAGGGAGAUCGCGGAGUUCUGCGAGCAGGAGGGCCUGCCCCCGCGCAUCAUGCCCCUCAAGAUGGACUUUGUGCGCGCCAACCGCUACGACCUGGCGCAUGUUGUUGAGCGCUGGGGCGGCCUCUCCGAACUGGCAGAGCUGCUCGAAUACCAGGCAUGCACCUGCCGAUCUGUGUCUCCCCAUGUCUGCAAAGAGACUGUGCUCUUGCUAAGCACAAGGCGUAGCUGA